UGUCGUCAUUUAGUAGUUGAAUCUAGAUUGAGGGCGGAAUCAAGGCAGUGACUCGAUCUUCUAAUCCUCCAUCUUGUUCUCGCUUUCCUUUCCAAUUCCAUUGAACUGAACUUCAGUUUUCAACAAUUCCACUUUGAUCGCGGAGCGAAACACAUGGGGAGGGAGGUAUCAGAGAGUUGCGUUGACAGUCUUUUGACGGAAAUGGUUUCCACUUAUUGCCAUCGAUUCUACGCCAAUAAGCCGGAACUUGCCGCCCGUCGCAUCGAGGCAAUUGGCUAUCAGGUUGGCCAUCAGCUCUCCGAACGGUAUACUAUGGAGCGGCCUCGGUUCACUGAUCAUCUUGAAGCUAUCAAAUUUAUCUGCAAGGACUUCUGGUCUGAACUCUUCAAAAAGCAGAUAGACAACUUGAAAACAAAUCAUAGAGGCACCUUUGUUUUGCAAGAUAAUCGAUUCCGCUGGCUUACACGCAUGUCAGUGGAUCCUCAAAGUGAAUCACAGGAUAAUUCUGCAGAUGGUGAAAACAAGGCAGCUCAGGCAACAAGCAUGCAUCUAUAUUUCCCAUGCGGAAUCAUAAGGGGUGCUCUCUCAAAUUUGGGAAUUCCUUGUGCGGUUUCUGCUGAUAUUUCAAAUCUUCCAGCAUGUUCAUUUGUUGUUCGUAUAAAGGCCUGAAGAGAAGUGUAUCAAAAAGUAGAGAUUUUACCUUUGGGAUAUUAAGAUGCGCCAGGUCCUCCAACACCACCCUCCAGUUGUAAUGCUUUCUUUUUUUCUUCUGUUUUGGUUCUUUUUUACUCUCUAUUUCUCCCUCCUCUCUCGAUCAUUGAAACUUUUAGCACAAAAAGCUGUUGGAUAAACGUUUGUGUAUGUAUGAAAGUCAAUAGCAAUUAUUUUUCAGAAUUUCAUGAUUUUAGAGA